AUGGCGAAGAAGGCGGCGGUGAUCGCCACGCUGCUGGCCCUGAACCUGCUCUUCUUCACCUUCGCCGACGCCUGCGGCUGCCACUGCGGAUCCUGCCCUAGUCCGGGCGGCGGCGGCGGCGGUGGGGGUGGCGGUGGAGGUGGGAGCGGUGGCGGGGGUGGUGGAGGAAGCGAUGGAGGCGGAUCUGGAGGAGGCGGCAGCGGCGGAGGUGGGUCAGGAGGAGGUGGCAGCGGCGGCGGCGGGUCCGGCGGUGGCGGAUCGGGAGGAGGCGGAUCAGGCGGGCGCGCGCGGUGCCCCAUCGACACGCUGAAGCUGGGGGUGUGCGCCAACGUGCUCAACGGGCUGAUCAACCUGCAGCUGGGGACGCCGCCGAAGCAGCCGUGCUGCUCGCUAAUCCAGGGGCUCGCCGACCUGGAGGCGGCGGUGUGCCUCUGCACGGCGCUCAAGGCCAACAUCCUGGGCAUCAACCUCAACGUGCCCAUCGACCUCAGCCUCCUCGUCAACUACUGCGGCAAGAACGUCCCCUCCGGCUUCCAGUGCCCCCGCUAG